ACUCCCAUAGUCCCAUGCGAGAGGUCUCGUAUUUCCAUACCUGUUCGGGUUUGGGAAUUGGGCAGAGCCCCGACUUAAGCGUUGGGACUGUAUCAAUCAACUUGACAGCCUAUAUUACUUUCAGUCGUCAGUGUCUUUCAUCACUCCACAAUCUUCAGAAGUUACGAACUCUCUCACUCUUUCGUAAAUGAAAACGUAAAGUAGACGCCUCUCAGACUCUUUCUCUCUCUCUCUCUCUCUCUCUCUAUACUAAAGUUCUUUAGUAAUCUCUCAGCUUCAAAAAUCAACAGUUAUUUCUUCUUUGGUUGUCUUGGGCUCUUGGCUUCAAAGUUGUUUGCAAAUUCCCGCUCCCCAAAAGUGAGGAAGAAUUAAGAAGCGAAGCCAUGAAAGGAAGAGGUAGAGCUGCGGAAACCUCUUCCGGUACCUGGUUGCCAGACUACUACUCUUCGUCAGAUGCUCCGUGCAGGAAACACCCAUCUUCCUCUUCAGUCGGAAUCUGUGCUUACUGCCUGAAAGACAGAUUGGUUAAGCUCGUAUGCUCUGACUGUGGAGAGCAACGCCUCUCGUCCUGCUCCUGCUCCGAAGUCUCCUCCUACCCCAAUUCAUAUUCUGUCGAGGUGGGCAGCGUGGGUAGAAUCUCAUUCCUCAUUGAAAAUGAGAAGGCUGAAUUCCCACGUUCAUAUUCAAAGCCUAGUAGUGAUGAUAAAUCAGAAGCUAGUGUGCUUCUUAACAGGAGCCGAAGCAUCAACUGUGUUGAUGUCAAGAGAAACGGGUUUUGGAGGUUUGGAAGGUGUUUCAGGAAGAAGAGAGAAAAGGGUUAUUGGUCUUCAAGGAGAAACAUUCGUGGGUUUGAUGAGAAAGGUGAGAUGUGGGUUUUCGAUUAUAAGAUGGGUGUUUCUAGGUCCGAGACUGUUAGCGGUUUAAGGGCUGGUUUUGAUGAAUGUGUAGACGGUGCUAGCUUAAGCUCUACCGUCUCAGGCAGAGGAGUCUCUGAUGUCAGUGAGAGUAAAGCAGUUUUGGUGUCUGAGAGCAGAAGUGGUGUUAAGGACGUAAAGUCUAUAAAAGAUAGUUUUAAUGGUGAUGUGAAGAAAGGUAGCUCAUUAGUGUUGUCAGAAGCGGAUUUCGAUGGUCUUGAUGACUCGGGUUUCAUUGAUUUAAAUCUCGGUUGCUCUUCAGAAUCAAGGCUUAAGUUCUCUGAUCUGAAUAUGAGUGAUGGUAAUUUACAGUCAGAGUCCGGGUUCAGCGAUUUAAGAGGUUGUGAAUUCUUGAAGCACGGAAUCAGUUCUUUUAGAGGAGAAGAAACUUCAAGUAACGGGAGCUCUUGCAGGAUCACAGUAAAUGAUAAAGGAACCGAGAAUGGUAAGAAAAGAUUGAAGGCGUGGAGAUGGAUUUUCAGGCAUUAAUUCAAAGGAGAACGGUUCAUAACUUCAAGGUAGAAAGUAAAGAACACAGUCUCACUGCAGAUAUACGACAAGGUAAAAUGGGUUUUCUCUAUUGGUGGAAGGAAUCUCUGGUUAAUCAUUAAUGUUGCUUAGUUGCAGUGUUCAUUGCUUUCUCUUUGAUUUUCUUUUAUGAAGAUGAUGAAGCAUUAUGGCUUGUAUAAUAUAAUGGUCUGGACAAGUAAUGUAGUUUCAUCGUCAUCGUUCCAUGAACUUCAGAGCUGUAGCCUGUAGGAAUCCAAAUUGAUCCAGCCGAUCCAUCACCUCUCGAUCUCUGAUCUGUUGUGAAUGCGUCUCCCCCUUUACUCUCUAUUUCUGAUUUUACACUGUUAGGCCUUCUGGGAGCUUUUCUUUGUAGCUUCGAUGGAACUUUGCUCGAUCAUUGCAAAUGAAUAUAAUAAUAAAAAAAUACAUGGUUGUGAUGAUGA